AUGCACGUGGAGCGCAUUGACGGAGAAAUGACACAAGACGAAGGAACAAACAGUCACCUUUCUGACUACGAGUCAGCGGACGGCGUGCCGAGGGCGUUUUUUGACUCACGGUUCAAGGCCUGGCGCGUGGAGUGGCAGGCACUUUCGGGCCGCCUUGGCGCGCACGCAUUCUCCGCGGAGGAGUCGAGUGUGUCGCGGAGCCUCGCCGCGUGGUUCGUCGAGGAGCCGGCGGCGCACCACCGCGUGCCGUCGGAUGUCGCGGUGCCGACCAAGACGCUGGAACUCGCGGGCGCUCUGAAUGGCGUGGACCUGAGCCGAUGCGUGCGCAAGCUGUCACUAACUGCGAGUUCAGUUAGCGAAGGCGCAGCAACUGGAGGCGGAAGAAGAGGCGCGCGUGGCGCAGCGCCGCGCCCGCGACCUGCGCCGGCACCGGCGCCGGCGAACUCAGAGGUUCUCUUACGCGGGCUGCCCGCGGCCCUCGCUUUCCGAGCUCCUGGCAGCGGAUUCCGACGAGCAGCGGCCUCUCUCGCUGGAGCUGCAGAGUGCGUCGCGGAGGCUGGAGCACGCCUGCGGCUUCACGCGCCGUCCGCGGCUGUCUUCCUCCCCUGGCAGGUCGAGGUCGGCUCGCGUCAACUCGAGGUCGCUCGCAUCGAAGCCACUACCGACUUCUUCUCUUUGGCGCGGCCCUCCCACCGUGCCUGCGGGUGGAGAGCCUUCCUCUCCGCGCCGUCGCGACGCGCUCGCGGAGGUCUUCUGUUCUUUCCGCGCCGCGGAUCAGCGGCGAUGGUGAAGGCCACCAGUCUGCUUUGCCUUGUCGGCGUGUUGCUGCGGCACCGGCGGGCGCGGGGCGCUCACUGCAUCGAGUGCGAUGGCGGCCAGGUCGUCGCAGAGACUGCAGCCUGGUUUGCCCUGCGCUGCCUUCGAGUCGACAGAGAAGGCGGCGACGAGGGUGAAGAUCCGCAGUCGGGUUGUACGAUGGAGGUCCACCAGAGGGCUUCACACAAGCUGGGAGGCGCGGCGCCAUCUCCGGCAGAAGGCGCUGGCGACGCGCCCACAGUGGAGCGGUCUCUGGGGGAGCUGCUUUGCUGCUCAGUUUGCGGCAUGCAGUUCGCACAUCCAGCGUGCGCCCCAGGCCGUCGAGAGCAUUCGGAGAACGAGAGUGUGGAGUUUGUUUGCGCAUCGUGUGCAGACCGAGUACAGCGCACAGCGGCAGCGGCGGCAGACACUCCGUGUGGGCAAACGGCGGUGCGUGCGGCUGAAGACAUCGUCCGCGUAGUGGAGAGCGGCGCAGUCCCGCGAUCGCAUUUUCUGCGCGCCACAGUCAAUAGACAAGUGGACGAAUCUACACACGCGCUCGCCCAGUUCCUGCUUCGGCGCCGGGCCUGGAGUGCUUCUCGAGAAGCAGAUGCCCCAGCAGAGGCGCCCACCGACAAAGACGCGGGGGAGGUGCUUCUGAGCGAGGGGGAUGCGAGGCCCGCGGAAGACACCGCGGUGCACAGGCCGCGGCCAGGCUGCGCGUGGCUCGAGGCGACAAGUGCAGAGCGGUGGGGUGCGAAAAUUACCGGCGCAAGCCACGACGACGUUCGUCUCACCCUGCCCGGCGCCGUGGGCGAAGGGACGGAGGAGGCGCAGCUGCGCCAGCUCGCGUGUCGCCAGCGCCAACGCGUGCGGGCGCUUCAGAGGGGCGUUCUUCUGGGGGUUUGGUCGCCUGCGGUCUCUUCUUCCUCCUUCCUGCCCGCGUCCUGUGCUUGGAGCAGCGGAGCCGCCUCCCUGCGCGGGCGGGAGGCGACGCGCAGAGUUGUAGGCGCGGAGGGACCGGCGAUGGAGGCGAGGCGGAGGAACUGUGCGGAGGAAAAUAGAGACGCGGCUGACGGCAGGACGCUGAAACCGGCGCCCACAGGCGGCACGCGGGCGCCGGAUGCGGAGGGAGCCCCGGAGGCGAAGAGAGGGCUUAGAGAGAAGACGCCAGAUGAGUGGUUUUCUCACAAAGCGAAGGUGCGGGCAACCGCACUGCAGCAGCUCGCCGAGAUUCUUCAGUCGUCUUCUCCGUGGCACCGCGUCCUGCGUCGCCUGCGAACCCUUCUUGGAUCGCUGCAGCCUGAAGUCUCCGUCGGCCUCCAUCUGGCCUCCAGCGAAGCCCAUACGUAUCUGCCCUGCAGUGCCUUCGAGUCCACGUCUCUGAUUUCUAAUCCCUCACGUGAUUCAUUCUUCUUUUUCCCCACGGAGCCGCCGCUUCGUGCUUCUCUCUUUUCUCCGCUGUCCUCGAAUUCGCCCUUCGGCGCGGCGCCGGCUGCGUGUAGAGCCUCCAUCCUACUGAGCAGCUCAGCGCCGCCUGUCGAGUCCGAAAGCUCUUGUGCGGAGUCUUCAAGCCAGUCCGGUGACGCCACCGACGCCGAUGGAAGUCUCAAGCGAGAAGGGUGCCCGGAAGACGAUGGCGAGCGACAGUCAAAGGACCGUGACGGCGAAGCGCGUGUGGAAGCCGACGUGUCUCCUUCUCCUUCACACUCGCCCCAAUUGGUCUUUUUUGUCUCGUCUUCUCCCAUAUGUUUAUCGUCGUCAUUUUCUCCGCGGUCGGAAGCUGCUGCAGCAGACGACACCCUCUGA